GGGUCAAGCCUGCGCCCCAGAGUCCGGGGGCCAUGCCCAGCGCGAGGUGCAAGAUGGAUAGCCAGGCGCUGCUGGCGGUCGCUCUGUGGCUCUGCGUGGAGACCCAGGUCGCCUCCGUGGGUUUGCCUAAUGAUUCUGUUCAUCCACCUUCCCUCAGCAUACAAAAAGACAUCCUUACUAUUAUGGCUAACACAACUCUUCAAAUUACUUGCAGAGGACAGAGGGACUUGGACUGGCUUUGGCCCAACACUCAGAGUGGUUCUGAGGAAAGGGUGGAGGUGACCGAGUGCAGCGACAGCAUCUUCUGUAAGACACUCACCAUUCCCAAAGUGGUCGGAAAUGAUACCGGAGCCUACAAGUGCUUCUACCGAGACACCGACGUGGCCUCUGUUGUGUAUGUCUAUGUUCAAGAUUACAGAUCACCAUUCAUUGCUUCUGUCAGUGAUCAACACGGAGUAGUGUACAUCACUGAAAACAAAAACAAAACUGUGGUGAUUCCAUGUCGUGGGUCCGUUUCAAACCUCAAUGUGUCACUUUGUGCGAGGUACCCAGAAAAGAGAUUCAUUCCUGAUGGAAAUCGAAUUUCCUGGGACAGUGAGACUGGCUUUACUAUUCCCAGUUACAUGAUCAGCUAUGCUGGCAUGGUCUUCUGUGAAGCAAAAAUUAAUGAUGAAAGUUAUCAGUCUAUUAUGUACAUCGUUGUGGUUGUAGGAUACAGGAUUUAUGAUGUGGUUCUGAGUCCUCCUCAUGGAAUUGAACUGUCUGUUGGAGAGAAGCUUGUCUUGAAUUGUACAGCCAGAACAGAGCUAAAUGUAGGGCUUGACUUCAACUGGGAGUAUCCUUCUUCAAAGCAUCAGCAUCAGCAUAGGAGAAUUGUAAAUCGCGACCUAAAACCACCACCUGGCACUGUGAUGAAGAAAUUUUUGAGCACCUUGACGAUAGAUAGUGUAUCCCGGAGUGACCAAGGGUGGUACAACUGUACAGCAUCCAGUGGACUAAUGACCAAGAAGAACAGCACAUUUGUCCGAGUCUAUGCGAAACCUUUCGUUGCUUUUGGUAGUGGUAUGGAAUCUUUGGUGGAAGCCAUAGUGGGAGACCGUGUCAGAAUCCCUGUGAAGUACCUGGGUUACCCAACCCCUGAAAUCAAAUGGUAUAAAAAUGGAAGACCCAUUGAGUCCAAUUACACGAUCAAAGUGGGCCAUGUACUGACAAUUAUGGAAGCAAGUGAAAAAGACACAGGAAAUUACACCAUCAUCCUUACCAAUCCUAUUUCCAAAGAAAGGCAGAGCCACAUGGUCUCUGUGGUUGUGAAUGUCCCACCCCAGAUUGGUGAGAAAGCUCUGAUCUCUCCCAUGGAUUCCUACCAAUAUGGCACCACGCAAACACUGACGUGCACAGUCUAUGCCAACCCUCCCCCACAUCAUAUCUACUGGUACUGGCAGUUGGAGAAAGAGUGCUCCUACAAGUCCAGCCAUACUCUUUCAAUGACAAACUCGUAUACUUGUAAUGAAUGGAGAAAUGUGGAAGAUUUCCAGGGAGGAAAUAAAAUUGAAGUCAAGAAAAAUCAAUAUGCCCUAAUUGAAGGAAAAAACAAAACUGUGAGUACUCUUGUCAUCCAAGCUGCAAAUGUUUCAGCUUUGUACAAAUGUGAAGCCAUCAACAGAGCUGGGAAAGGAGAGAGGGUGAUCUCUUUCCACGUGACCAAGGGACCUGAAAUUACUUUACAACCUGCUACCCAGCCCACCGAGCAGGAGCGUGUGUCUCUGUGGUGUACUGCGGACAGGACUAUGUUUGAGAACCUCACAUGGUACAAGCUAGGCCCUCAGGUUCUACCGACCCACACAGGAGAGCUGCUCACACCUAUUUGCAAGAACUUGGAUGCUCUUUGGAGACUGAAUGCCACCAUGUUCUCUAACAACACAAGUGAUAAUUUGGUUAUGGAGUUCCAGAAUGCAACCUUGCGGGACCAAGGAGACUAUGUCUGUUCUGCUCAAGACCGGAAGACCAGGAAGAGACAUUGCGUGGUCAGGCAGCUCAUCAUCUUAGAGCGCAUGGCUCCCAUGAUCACAGGAAACCUAGAGAAUCAGACGACGACUAUUGGCGAGACCAUCGAAGUUGCCUGUACAGCAUCUGGGAACCCCCCUCCACAGAUCACCUGGUUUAAAGAUAAUGACACACUAGUAGAAGAUUCAGGUAUAAUAUUAAAAGACGGGAACCGUAACCUGACUAUCCGCAGAGUGAGGAAGGAGGAUGGAGGCCUCUACACCUGCCAGGCCUGUAAUGUGCUGGGAUGUGCAAGAGUGGAAACGUUUUUCAUAAUACAAGGUGCCCAGGAAAAGACCAACUUGGAAGUCAUUAUUCUCGUAGGCACUGCAGUGAUUGCCAUGUUCUUCUGGCUACUACUUGUCAUUGUUCUGCGGACCAUUAAGCGGGCCAAUGGAGGGGAACUGAAGACAGGCUACUUGUCUAUUGUCAUGGAUCCAGAUGAACUGCCCUUGGAUGAACAUUGUGAACGCCUGCCUUAUGAUGCCAGCAAAUGGGAAUUUCCCAGAGACCGGCUAAAACUAGGUAAACCUCUUGGCCGUGGUGCUUUUGGUCAAGUGAUAGAGGCAGAUGCCUUUGGAAUUGACAAGGUAGCAACUUGUAAGACAGUGGCCGUCAAGAUGUUGAAAGAAGGAGCAACACACAGCGAACACCGAGCCCUCAUGUCUGAACUCAAGAUCCUCAUUCAUAUUGGCCACCAUCUCAAUGUGGUCAAUCUUCUAGGUGCCUGCACAAAGCCAGGAGGCCCUCUCAUGGUGAUUGUGGAAUUCUGCAAGUUCGGCAACCUCUCAACCUACUUACGGGGCAAGAGGAAUGAAUUCAUUCCCUACAAGACCAAAGGUGCACGGUUCCGUCAUGGAAAAGACUAUGUUGGUGAAAUUUCCGUGGAUCUAAAACGCCGCUUGGACAGCAUCACCAGCAGCCAGAGCUCAGCCAGCUCAGGAUUUGUUGAGGAGAAAUCUCUCAGUGAUGUGGAGGAGGAAGAAGUGUCUGAGGACUUGUACAAGGACUUUCUGACCUUGGAACACCUCAUCUGUUACAGUUUCCAAGUGGCCAAGGGGAUGGAGUUCUUGGCAUCAAGGAAGUGCAUCCACAGAGACCUGGCAGCACGAAACAUCCUCUUGUCGGAGAAGAAUGUGGUUAAAAUCUGUGACUUUGGCCUGGCUCGGGAUAUUUAUAAAGACCCAGAUUAUGUGAGAAAAGGAGAUGCCCGUUUGCCUUUGAAAUGGAUGGCCCCGGAAACCAUCUUUGACCGAGUGUACACAAUUCAGAGUGAUGUGUGGUCCUUUGGUGUUUUGCUCUGGGAAAUAUUUUCCUUAGGUGCUUCUCCAUAUCCUGGGGUAAAGAUUGAUGAAGAAUUUUGUCGACGAUUGAAAGAAGGGACUAGAAUGAGGGCUCCUGACUACACCACACCAGAAAUGUACCAGACCAUGCUUGAUUGCUGGCAUGAAGAGCCCAAUCAAAGACCCACAUUUUCAGAACUGGUGGAACAUUUGGGAAAUCUCCUACAAGCAAAUGCUCAGCAGGAUGGCAAAGACUACAUUGUUCUUCCAAUAUCAGAGACUCUGAGCAUGGAAGAGGAUUCUGGACUCUCUCUGCCUACCUCACCUGUUUCCUGUAUGGAGGAAGAGGAAGUGUGCGACCCCAAAUUCCAUUAUGAUAACACAGCAGGAAUCAGUCAGUAUCUGCAGAACAGUAAGCGAAAGAGCCGGCCAGUGAGCGUAAAAACAUUUGAAGAUAUCCCACUGGAAGAACCAGAAGUCAAAGUAAUCCCAGAUGACAACCAGACAGACAGUGGCAUGGUUCUUGCAUCAGAAGAACUGAAAACUUUGGAAGACAGAACCAAAUUAGCUCCAUCUUUUGGUGGACUGAUGCCCAGCAAAAGCAGGGAGUCUGUUGCAUCGGAAGGCUCCAACCAGACAAGUGGCUACCAAUCCGGGUAUCACUCUGAUGACACAGACACCACUGUGUACUCCAGUGAGGAGGCCGAACUUUUAAAGCUGGUAGAGUCUGCUGUGCAAGUUGGAAGCCCGGGCCAGAACCUCCAGUCUGACCUGGGGACCACUCUGAGUGUCUCCCCUGCUUAAAAUGAAGCAGCCAUCACACACAUACCUUACUCCUGAAAAAUCACACGAGGUGCUGCUGCUCAGAUUUUCAAGUGCUGAUCUUUCCACCACCAGGAAGUAGCUACAUUUGAAUUUCAUUUCAGGAAAAAAGAAAAGAAAAGAAUAGGAAAAGGACCUUGGACAGUCGGGGAGCUAUACCUCUAAGCACUUCCUGAGAAGAUGCUUGUGACCCAAGAAUGUGUUUGUGUCUCCUUCCACAGUUGACCUUGUUCUGUCUUUGAUUCAUUGAAAAACCAUGUAGAAGGCACCCUGCGGCAGGUCUUGCUCCGAGUUAGAACAAAAGAUGGUCAAGAAACGGUUCCCCCAGUCCCCAAGCCAUAGCCAUCCCUAGGGAGUGGACAGUUCUUUAAAACGAAAUGAUAAACCAGGCAGUGGAAGUGCUUUGGGUGUUAAAGAUGGGCAGGAUUUGUAGGGCCGAGUCCACCUGAAAGGCUCUGUUGAAAGUGUGGUUUGGGACUGAUCGUAAGGUAGACGCCAGCCCGUUUGGCAAAAGCACUGGAGCCUGGCUGUGCAUUGUGUUAGGUCUGGUGGAGAUGGUUAGGAAAUACAAAAGCUGCAGAUGAAGAUCCUGCUUUUAGAAGGUUGCGUGCUCUCCCCAGUUGGGCUAAAGGCAAGGUCCCUGUGCUGUUUCCGACUCCUAAUGAGAGUUCCUUCCGGACUCUUACGUGGCCCCUGGACCAGCUCCAGGAAGGAAAUGAUGUUGCUCUGGCUGCCUUGUCUCCCAGGCUGAUCCUUUAUUCAGAACACCACAAAGAAAUGACAUUGGGCUUGAGGUUCCCUGUGGUGUUGAAGAGUCCAGGCUGGACAGAGCGACUUUUGGGUUUUCUGGGUGAAUACCCACUUAUCUGUCUCCACGGGAGAUGUUUGAGACUGAACGCAGUGGAUUCAGAGUUAAGCUAUGGGGUGAAGUUUCAAGAAGAAUUCAUCUUUUUUUCUUUUUUCUUUCCAUGAUCCCCAAGCAUUCUCACACCCAGUUCAUCAGUACUUUAGUUUGUGGCUUCUACCCUCCAGAUAACCUGAUUUGGUUUGUUUACUCUCUACUAGCCAGAUUUCAGAUUCCCUUAUAGCCAAAAUUGUAACAACAUCUAUUGUAUUGUUUAGACUUUUAACAUGUAAAGCUGUUUUCUACUGAUUUUUACCCUUCUUUUUUUUUUUUUAAAGGAAAUGUAUUUUUUUGUUUGGUACCAUAGUGUGAAACGCUGGAAACAAUGACUAUAAAACAUGCUAUGGCACAUAUAUUUAUAGUCAGUUAUGUAGAACAAAUGUAAUAUAUUAAAACCUUAUAUUAUAUAUAAUGAACUUUGUACUAUUCACAUUUGUAUCAGUAUUAUGUAGCAUAACGAAGAUUGUAAUGCUCGCAACAACUGAUGUCAUUUUAUUAAAAAAAAAACAAAAAAUUUAAAGAACUCUUUUCCAAGGUUGUAUUAAUCUGCCCAUCACUUCUUUCAUUACUAAACUGGAGUAGGAGGGAAUAGAUGUAAUAUGGUUGUCCUUUUUACUUAUUUUUUUAUCCUUAUAGAGUAUUUUCAUAAACUGUUCACAUACUUCAUAAGCCAAUAAACAUAUUCAUAGUAAAAUA